GCUGUGCUGGACGUCAUGAGCAUAGUAAUCGCGCUGGGAGUCACCACACCUGAAACGUCUUACUCAGAUAUGGCUGCUGGAUCAGACCCUGAGUCAGUUGAAGCAAGCCCCGCCGUGAAUGAGAAAAACUACAACAACCACAGCUGUGGGAGCGCACAGAGUCAUGGGUAUCGGGGACUACCAUAUGCUAUGCAACAGUCUUCCGUUGUGUGUUGUCAGGAUCACAACUAUGGCGCGCCCCCUCCCCCUACCCCACCCGCCUCCCCGCUCUCCCAAACCAUCAUUCCCCGCAUGGACCUCAACGGCGUGGUACGCAGCUCCCGCUAUCACGACACCGCCGAGGACAACUCCGCCGACAGCGACAGCUCCUCAGAGGAGGACGGGGCCGUGGCCAACUGGUGUCACUGCAGCCUGACGCAGGAUGGCCUGCUCAUCAAAUGUGACAACUGCAGGGGACUGGACAGGAGGAAAGGAGCAGAAGGCCAACACAGGAAAACGGAAAAUGUCUCAGCUGGAGAGAGCAGCGCCACAGAGAGCGGGGAUGAAGAGGUGUCACCCUCCACCAUCUCCUACACCGCCACCCAGCACACGCCCACCAGCAUCAAACUCACAGUCAACCGGGUCAAAAGAAGCAAAUCCAAAAAGAGGAAAAAGAGCACGGAGAAGGCUCGCGGAACGCCGAAGGGCAAGAAAGUCAAGGCGUUCAGAGAGGGUUCUAGGAAAUCUAUGAGGAUGAAGAACUCGACCACAGAGGCCAACGUGCUGGACGAGAACACGGCAGAGGGAUGGGAGAGCAGGAUCCGCCAGUGGACGGACCAGUACGACGAGGCUCUGGCCAACCAGUACAGCGCCGACGUCCUGACGCUGCUCCAGCUCCACCGAGCCGCCAGCACCAACGUCUCCAAGACGGAGGGAGACACGGCGACGCCUCCCGCCACCACGCAGAUCCACGCAUCGCUCGACGCCAUGGAUACCAUCAACCGCACCGAGCUGGCCUGUAACAACACGGUGCUGGGCUCACAGAUGCAGCUGCAGUUGGGCCGGGUCACACGGGUGCAGAAACACAGAAAGAUCCUCCGAGCCGCCAAGAACCUGGAACCAGACACUCUCAUCAUAGAAUAUCGGGGGAAGGUGAUGCUCAAGCAACAGUUUGAGGUCAACGGGCACUUCUUCAAAAAACCCUACCCUUUCGUGCUGUUCUACUCAAAGUUUAACGAUGUAGAGAUGUGUGUCGAUGCUCGGACUUUUGGAAACGAUGCCCGCUUCAUUAGGAGGUCCUGCACACCCAAUGCUGAGGUUCGGCAUAUGAUAGCUGAAGGCAUGAUCCACCUCUGUAUCUACGCUGUCAGUCAAAUCACAAAGGACGCUGAGGUCACCAUUGGAUUUGACUACGAGUUCAAUAGCUGUAUAAACGAUUCCUCUCCUCUCUCAUAUCAACCCACCAGUAAUUACAAAGUGGACUGUGCCUGCCAUAAGGGCAACCAGAACUGCCCUGUGCAGAAACACAACCUGAGCCCCAGGGAGAGCUUGCUGAGCCCCCCCUCCCUGCCACCCCCCUCGCCCCUUGUCGGAGCCGAGACCCGACGGCGGAAGGCCCGCAGGAGAGAGCUGGAGGGCUGCCUGAGCGGGGACGGCAGCCAGACCCUCGACCAGCACCAGGAGGCCAAAGACCUGCAAGGGACCAGUGAUGCAGAGGAGAGACUGCUGGAUGAGAUGAAGGUGGAAGAGGGAGAAGAAGGAGAGGUGGAUGAAAAUGGGGUUGCCAUCUCCAGUAAAAGAACAUUUAAUAGUCUGGAAAGGAGGCGGAGGAGAGUGGGAGGAGCAGAUGUAAAGGAGGAGGGUGUGGAAACUGAGGAGGGGGCAGGAAACCCCGCAGGAAACACCCCAGCACCCCACAACACAGGAGUCGGGGUCAGCACGCGGCGCACCACCUACGUCGUGGAGGCUCCAUCUAUCGAAGAGAAGACCUCACUAACCAACCUGCCUGCCCCAGCCGCUCCGCCUAAACCCGCGCGACCCACCAAGCCCCGGCCCAAAAGUCGAAUCUCUCGCUACCGCUCCAGCUCCUCCCAGCGCGCCCGGCGGCAGCGUCAAGCCCUUGCUCAGCAGGCAGCAGCUGCAGCGGCCGCCGCAGCAGUGGCAGCCACGCCAUCAUCCUCCGAGCAAGGCACCGCUCUGGACGAGGAGGGAUCUCAGGGCCCCUACGGUGCUGAGCUAGGUCACGGGGAGAGCGGGCAGGGACCCAGUCAUCUCCUAGAUGGAGACGGUCACGGUCUAAGCUGCAUCAACAGAGGCAACCUGCGUUACCCCAAAACCAAGAAGUACCUGGUGACAGAGUGGUUAAACGACAAGAUACCCGGAGGGGAGAAGGUCCACCAAGAGUUGCCUGUGGAGCGGCCGCUGCGGAUAACCACUGACCCCACGGUGCUGGCCACCACCCUCAACAUGCUGCCAGGCCUCUCCCACUCAUCGCUCAUCUGCACCGCACCCAGACACUACGUCCGCUUCGGCUCCCCGUUCAACCCCGAGAGACGCCGACCCCGCCCGCUCCAAAUGGACGGCACUUACGGCUGCUUCAAAAAGAGGUGGAUCAAGCAGGUAGAGGAUGAAAGCUACUCAGCCAGUGUGGAGGACGGCACAGAGUCCACCUCCUCCCAGCAAAGUACCAGCAGCAGAUCCACCCCCAACCCACUGUCCAGCGAUCUGAAUGCACCGUUCAAGAAGCGCCGCGCCAAGUACAUGCUGGAGAUGACACCAGCACCUUCAGACCACCUGCUUCGCCCGUUGUCACCCAUCACGCCGCCCCUCCCAGAGGACCCCCUCCACCCGCUGCUCCACAACCCCUGCGGCUCGCUGCUGCCCAACGGCCUGGUGUACUCGCCCAUGCCCUCGCUGCCCGCCAGCCGCUGCAACACGCCGCUGCAAUUUGAAAACAUAUCUUCCCCUGAGGCGUCUCCUGUUCACCGGCCAGAGUCCAUCUCUCCUGAGCCGUGUCUCCAGACAGACUUUGACGUCCCUCGUCCCCAGUUCCCAGACCUGUCGCUCCCCUCCAGCUUGGAGAGCCCCGUGGCCGUCACCUCUGAUGACUUCUCCCUUCCCGGAGUCCCCUCAAGCCACGAUUCCCAGGGCCCCUCAUCCGUAGGGGCCAGCUCCUUAAACCCAGGCGCCACCCCCUCAGACCUAACCCCCCAAAACAGGGAGCAGGCCUUCAGGACAGAGUUCAACCUCAUAUACACCUGCUCACCUCUCAACGCCAACCUGGGGAACCCCAUGGCAACCGACCGCCGCCUCUCCCAAUCGGAGGGAGGCUUCUCCCCGGCGGAGUCCUUCCACAGUUCCAUAAGCGGCCAGGGCCUGCUGGGGGACAUGGGCCCCGGCUCCAUGUCGCCCUACGGUGAGCCUCAUUACGGUGGAGGCUACCCAGAUAGUGGAACACCUCCUCACACCAGCAACCCACCACAAAAAAAGAAGGUGUCAUUGCUGGAGUACAGGAAGAGGAAGCAGGGCAGCGGGCGCGACCCAGAGCCUGCAGGCGCUGGCGGCAGCAGCAGCAGCUCGUCCCUGGGCGGCACUCCCACUCGACCCCUCUCCCACUACAACCAGGAAUCCUCCCAUCACCUCCAUCCCCAUUCCCACCCCCACCACCCCCAGAUGCAGCCGCCAGCCUCCCCGCACAGCUCCUUCUCUUCUACGGCGCAGACCCCCUCCAUACCACAGAUAGAGGAGGUCAGUCCUCCAGACCACCAGGGUUCAGCGGUGCAGUCCAGACGCCCAGAGAGCAACAACCAGUGGAUGGUUCCCACCAGUGUGGAACGUCUAAGGGAAGGUCAGGGGGUUCUGGAGCGGGUGCUCAGAAGCAUCAAGAUGGAGCGAACAUACAAGAGGAGUGACGGCUCUACAGAGAAAGAAUCUGAUGCAGAGCGGUAUGAGAUGCAGACUGUGUCCAUGGCUUCUCCUAUGAAGAGUCCACACAGAUACAGUCCAUCUGUGUACCCACACCAGUCAUCAGAAAGUCACCGGCAGACCGACAGCCCAUCAUUCAUCCAGCAGACCUCCAACUCUCCAUUCCGGGGUUCCUACAGUCCCUCAUCAGGCCAGAACUUCUACCCGCGCCUCCCCUCCUCCCACCCGGGCCUGUCCCAGGACCACCCUCCAUCCUCCUUCCCCAUUCACACCCCCGCCCCCACCUCCUCGUCAGACUCCAGGUCGCCAGCAGCAGCAGCGGCGGGCUCUCUACACCAGCAGAGUGGCAGCAGUAACGUGGACGUAAGCCACGGCUACGGCAGCAGCAGCAGCAGCCACUUAAAAGCCAGCCUUUUGAACAGCGGCGGCCUGGCGGGGACUCCCACCCAGGGACCCAGGGCCCACCCAGGCCAGACUAAAACAGACUCGAGCACCCAGGCCAACAGAGGGAGCCAGCAGCAGGCUUCUCGCAGCCUGAAGUCUGGCAGCCCGGGCCAGGCGGCGCUGCAGGCCAGCUCCAGGCUGCUGUCGGCCUCUGCUCCAACUCACUAUCCACAGAGAGGGACAAGCCUCAGUCAGUUCCAGCACUCCCCUCUGCAGGGGCCGGGAGUAAGGACACAGUCAGGAAGCUUUUAGGACCUUGUUCAAGUAUGUGUGAGCGUGUGUGUGUGUGCGUGUGUGCGUGCGUGCGUGCGUGCGUGCGUGCGUGCGUGCGUGCGUGCGUGCGUGCGUGCGUGUGUGUGCGUGUGUGUGUGUGUGUGUAUGAAGCUGCGUACCUCCUCAAACCCCUAAAACCUGCAGUGAAAUUGGGCUCAGGGGCGUUUCGGGGAGGGAGAAAUGUACAGACCUAAGAGGAGCACGGACUUCUUUACGGAUUUCUCCUUUUUUUCCUUAUUUUUUCUGUCUUUUUUUUCUUUCUUUAUUUUCAGAAAAAAAAACAAAUGACCACAUUCUGCACAAAGCUAAUCAUUGACUCGGGACAUCAUUUAACGGAAUCAAUGGAGAGAGAGAAAAAAAAAACGAUUUGGAUUUACACAUUCUGGAGAAAAAAAAAAAAACAAAGCAAGAAAUCACAUGUAAGUUGAAAUUGUCCCCAGUGUUUCGUCAUGUGCCGGACUGUGCAAACAGGCUCUGUAAUGUGGGAACGUCAAAACUUCCACACCAACGUCUGUACAAAGUUAUAAAAAAAAAGAUAAAAGAA